AUGGCCUUCCUUUCAGGUCUCUGCGGCUUGAAGGUGGAUGGUGCGGUGGAACCUCUCGGCAAGUUCUUGCUGGUGAAAUCCGCCGCAGCGGAGGAGGUCACCAAGGCUGGUUUGCUGCUUCCAAAGAGCCAGAAGCCCAAGCAGGGCGAGGUCGUCGCGGCUGGACCUGGUGAGGCGAACGUGGAAUCCGGGCAGAUGGUGCCCAUGUCUGUGAAGGUAGGAGAGAAGGUCUUGUACAGCAAGCACGGGGACUUAGACCUGGGGAACUAG